CGCGCGCCACAUACGGUGUGGAUGGCGCCAUCCUAACAGCGUGUGUUUUGACUUGGUAGCUAGAGCUGAGACCAGCAUAGUUUUGAUUUUCCGGAACAUAUUCAUUUUACAAGAAGUCAGUAAUGGACAUCCACAGUGCCAGCACGGUGGUGCUGCAGACUCUCACUCAGGCCACCAGCCAGGACACGGCUGUGCUGAAGCCGGCCGAGGAGCAGCUCCGGCAGUGGGAGACGCAGCCCGGAUUCUACUCCGUACUGCUGAGCAUCUUUAAUAACCACAUGCUGGACGUGAACGUGCGCUGGCUCGCUGUGCUCUACUUCAAAAACGGCAUCGACCGCUACUGGAGACGAGUAGCACCACACGCGCUGUCUGAAGAGGAGAAGACGUCACUGCGGGCCGGUCUCAUCACCAACUUCAAUGAGCCCGUCAACCAGAUCGCCACGCAGAUCGCGGUGCUGAUCGCCAAGGUGGCGCGGCUGGACUGCCCGCGGCAGUGGCCCGAGCUCAUCCCCAUCCUGCUGGAGUCGGUCAAGGUGCAGGACGGCCUGCAGCAGCACCGCGCCCUCCUCACCUUCUACCACGUCACCAAGACCCUGUCCUCCAAGCGCCUGGCCGCCGACCGCAGGCUCUUCCAGGACUUGGCGGCGGGGAUCUACAGCUUCGCCUGCUCGCUGUGGAACCACCACACGGACUCCUUCCUGCGGGAGGUCUGCGCCCGGGACGAGGCCGCCGCCCUCAGCUCGCUGGAGAGGACCCUGCUGUCCCUGAAAGUGCUGCGGAAACUGACGGUGCACGGGUUUAGCGAGCCGCUCCAGAACAUGGAGGUCAUGGGGUUCCUGAACGCGGUGUUUGAGAGACUUCGGCAGUUCCUGGAUUGCUGUCGACAGGUGGGCCCUGGAAGUACUUGUAGGGAGAAGCUGGAGAAGACCAUCAUCCUCUACACAAAAGUCCUGCUGGACUUCCUGGAGCACCACCCCUUCCCUUUCAUCCCGCUCAUCCAGAGGUCGCUGGAGUUUGCCGUCAGCUACGUGUUCACGGAGGCGGGCGAGGGCGUGGUCUUCGAGAGGUUCAUCGUGCAGUGCAUGAACCUCAUCAAGAUGAUCGUCAAGAACGACUCCUACAAGCCCGCCAAGAACAUCGAGGACAGCAAGCCGGAGAGCCUGGAGGCGCACAAGAUAAAGACGGCCUUCUUCACGCACCCCACCCUGACGGAGAUCGGCCGGCGCCUGGUGUCCCACUACUUCCUGCUCACCGAGGAAGAGCUGACCAUGUGGGAGGAAGACCCCGAAAGUUUCGCUGUGGAGGAAACAGGAGGUGACUCCUGGAAGUACAGUAUACGGCCGUGCACUGAAGUCUUGUUCCUGGACAUUUUCCACAACUACAGUCAGACACUGACUCCUGUUCUGCUGGAGAUGGUGCAGAACCUGCAAGGACCUACAAGCGUGGAAGAGCCUGUGAAUCUGCUGAUCAAGGAUGCAGUGUACAACGCGGUCGGCCUUGCUGCCUACGAGCUCUUUGACAACGUGGACUUUGAUCUGUGGUUUAAGAACCAGCUGCUGGGAGAACUUCAGGUCCAUCACCACAGGUAUAAGCUGAUCCGGAGGAGGGUGAUCUGGCUCAUCGGUCAGUGGAUCUCAGUGAAGUUCAAAUCGGACAUGAGGCCCCUGCUGUACGAGGCCAUCCUGGGCCUGAUGCAGGACCCGGACCUGGUGGUUCGGAUUGAGACUGCCACCACUCUGAAGCUGACUGUCGACGACUUCGAGUUCAGGACCGAGCAGUUCCUACCGUACCUGGAGUCCAUCUUCGGCCUGCUCUUCCAGCUGCUGCAGCAGGUGACCGAAUGCGACACCAAGAUGCAGGUGCUGCACGUCAUCUCCUGCGUCAUCGAGAGGGUCAGCGUCCAGAUUCGGCCCUACGUGGGCUGCUUGGUGCAGUACCUCCCCCUCCUGUGGAAGCAGUCGGAGGAACACAACAUGCUACGCUGUGCCAUCCUCACCACCCUCAUACACCUCGUACAGGGCCUGGGGGCGGAGAGUAAGAACCUGUACCCGUUCCUGCUUCCUGUGAUCCAGCUCAGCACGGACGUGAUGCAGCCACCCCACGUGUACCUGCUGGAGGACGGCCUGGAGCUCUGGUUGGUGACUCUGGAAAAUAGCCCUUCCAUCACCCCAGAACUUCUCAGAAUCUUCCAGAACAUGUCCGCCCUUCUCGAACUGAGCUCUGAAAACCUCCGCACCUGCUUCCAGAUCAUCAACGCCUACACUUACCUGUCAGCCACCGAAUUCCUACAGAACUAUGCAGAGUCGCUGUGUCGCUCCUUCUGUGGCUUGCUGAAAGACAUCACUACAGAGGGUCAGGUCCAAGUGCUGAAGGUAGUUGAAAUAGCCAUAAAGGUGAGCCCCGUUUUGGGCUCCCACAUGUUCCAGCCCCUCCUGCCUGUGGUGCUGCGGGGGAUCGUGGACGGGGAGAGGUAUCCCGUGGUGAUGUCCACCUACCUGGGCGUGACGGGGCGGGUCCUGCUGCAGAACUCCGGAUUCUUCUUCUCCCUCCUCGCCCAGAUGGCUGCGGACCUGCAGCAGGAGGCAGACCAGCUCCUGGGCAGCCUGAUUGAGAUGUGGGUGGACCGCAUGGACAACAUCACCCAACCGGAGAGGAGGAAGCUGUCCUCCCUGGCGCUGCUGUCUCUGCUGCCCUCAGACAACAGCGUGAUCCAGGACAAGUUCUGCGGGAUCAUCAACAUCUGCGUGGAGUCGCUGCACGACGUGAUGUCGGAAGACCCGGAUUCCGGAACCUUCAAAGACUGCAUGCUCAUGUCCAGCACGGAGGAGCCAAAGCUGAGCGAUGACGAGGAGCCGCCCACAGAGCAGGACAAGAGGAAGAGGCUGCUGGCUCUGAUGGACCCCGUGCACAGCGUCUCUCUGCAGCAGUGUGUGUAUGAGAAGCUGAAGGCCCAGCAGCAGGUCCUGGGGGAGGCGGGGUUUCAGUCGCUCAUGGAGACGGUGGACUCCGAGAUCGUGCGGCAGCUCCAGGAGUUUCUGCAAGGCCUGUGAUCCGCCUACGCAUUACCCCCCCCCCCUCCCCCUCCUCCCCCCGCUCGCCCCAGGUAUCCCUACGGGGGGAGGUGGGGUGUGCGUGGUGGGGGGGCGGUGACCCAGGGGUGCCGUGCGAAGAAAGCGGGCCGUUGCCGUGGGACCCCGAAACGCUCUGAUCUUCUCCGCGGGCCUCUGGGUCCUGGUCUGAAGGAACUGCUCGCUGUUUACAGAUGUGUUUGCGACAAGGACUGUACCGACGACCACCUGAAGAAGAAACACGCGUGUAAUUUUUGUAUUUAUGUAAACUACGGAGGAUAUUUUGCAUGUUAGCGCUGCUUUCAUUUUGUUUCGUUUUUUAUUUUCCCCCCUUCCACACAGCCCCAGAUCAGGAAACAUUUCAAUUCCUUUGCUAUUUUUUCUGCCAUUUCAGUUUUUUUACCCUGUCAUCGUCAGACGAUAGAUGUCUUUCAUUUUUCUCCGAAAAGGAUACCUGUCCGCACCUCACCGCGUUCCCCUCACGCGUUUUACCUGUUACGCUUCAUCCGCACGCCUUUUUAAACGACAGGCACGUCUGAACACUAGAUAUAACCAAAAAAUAAUAAAAAAUCAAUAAAAUGCUCCACGACACUUUAACCAGGGUUGCCAGGGUGGGAGCCGGAUGCCAGGGCAAAGCGUAACCCCCCUGAUUAAGGGGAUUAGUUCAUAAGGAGGCCUAACCUGACCCAGGUCAUUCUGGGAUAUAGGAGUAGAGCGUGAUUUUGUUGCCAUAUCAAAGAUCACCAAUGCUGGUGGGAGGAGAAGGGUGUGAGUUUGCUGCCAUAUCAAAGAUCUUUGCUCCCUUGAUCUGUAGACACUGUGAUCGAGCUCAGUAGCCGAAGCGAUUGAAAUAAUAAUAACGAAAGGCCUUAGGCCAUCUCUAAGCCUUAACAGUCUUUGGAAUCUUUUUGAAACUUUUGUGUUUAAUUUUGAAUUUUCCCUGAUGGUGUACUGACUGAGGUAGGAUUGCCAAAGCAGAGAGCUGAAAACGGAAUGCUCUUCCCUCUCUGCGCUCCUGUUCGUAGCCAGCAGAAGGCCCUUGUAGUUUCUCAGUAAUUAAACAUCAAUAAAACAGUACAUGGCUGAAUGAC